AUGCACUCAUACAUGGAUUAUAUCGUACGAUGCUUCGACACUUCCAACCAGUGGGACCACACCAAUGUCUACCCGGCAAUGGUCGCCACCCCGAAAGCCAUCCUUGACUUCCCCAUCCCUCAAGCGUCGAAGGUCGACAUCAACAAGAAAUCAUCGUCCCAUAGUGCCAAUUCCCUUACGUUAUCCAAUAUCGGGGCCAUCAAUGGCUCAAUCGCCUAUUUCUAUUCACUGGCCCCUUUAUGCAACGUCGUGGGAUCCUCAGAAAUCCUGCUCCAAGACGCCGUCAACACAUACCAGUUUGUCGACCUGAUCAACAAUAAAUCAUAUAAUAAUAAUAAUAAUAAUAAUGAUAAGAAUAAGAAUAAGAAUAAGAAUAAGAAUAAGAAUAAGAACAAUGCCACCUUACUUUAUGGUAAACUAAAUUUUCCUAGCAACAUCUUGGAAGGAUUGGUGAUCAAAAACUUCUCGCAAAACUCCAGAAUCCUCAUGAAAUGUUUGAGCACUAACUCGAAUUUAUUGAAAAAUCAUGGAAUCCUCACAGUAUACUUCCAACAAAAUUAUCCUAAAUACUCAUUGGAAUACAUUUAUUCAUCUAAUGAGAAUCUUGUGGGGUUCCGUAAUUUAUACAAUUUCAAUCUUGGUCUGACAAUCGAUACCUCAUUCGAAACCAUCAAUAACGACGAUGAUUUAUCAUCACCAUCGAACAAAAUCUUUUAUGAUAAUUCCCGUCUUUCCAUCGGUACCGAGAUUUGGUACGGGAUCUCCAAUAUGACUCCCGGGAUCUCCAAUUCCAUAAGAUAUUCUACUUAUUCAACCUAUACUGGCAAACCAUUGACCAUCACAUUAUCAUGUAACCCAUUGAUCGGGCUUCUAUCAUCGACGUACACCGUCAAGACUUCGGUCAACUCGACGCUAUGUUCCAAGUAUGAUUUCAACGUUUAUUCUUACGAAAGUGAUGUGUCGUUUGGUUGUGAAUUGUGGAAUUUCCGCAAACGUCCCUUGAAUGAAGAAAUCUCCAGGAUUUUGGAUACCGACCACCACGCCACCCAAAGUUUCCAAAAACUCAUGAAAUCGAAAAACCUUCCUAAUGCCGUUACAAACCCCCUCGGCAAUGUUGAUCCUUCUAGGGGGUCUUCCUCUGGCAAACCCGCUAAUAAUAUAUCCAAUAUCGAGAAAUUUAAGGACUUGUACCGUACCAUUGGGUUCCUGAGCGUGUUCAAACUCGCGACUCUGUUGAAUAACCAUACCAUCAAUAUGCUCUGGGAAGGUAAAUGGAAUGAUUUCUUGGUCACCGUCGGGUGUAACUUUGUGCCAUUUUCCAGCUCCGAAGAGGAACCGGGGCUUAAGUCUUCGGCAUCUUCUUCGUCAUCCUCAUCAUCUUCGUCUUCUGGAGAGACUAAGAAACCAGUGAGUUUCCGAGGUCCUGAUAUCACCAAGUUUGGGAUUUCAUUACAAUAUAGCUCGUGA